CAAAAACCCUCGACGGAAUUGCAUCUCCCCCCCUUUGCCCGGUUUCUUCUUUCUUCUAAUUUGAGCGAGUCCUUUCAAUCUACACUUUGCAACAAUGUCUGCACAGAACUCGGCCGGUAUCCAGACUCUCCUCGAUGCUGAGAGGGAGGCAUCCAAGAUUGUACAGAGGGCUCGAGAAUUCCGCACCAAGCGCGUCAAGGAAGCCCGUGACGAAGCCAAGAAGGAAAUCGCCGAAUACAAGGCCAGCAAGGAGGACGAGUUCAAGAAAUUCGAGGCCGAGCAUAGCAAGGGCAACGAGGCCGCCGAGCAGGAGGCGAACAAGGAGGCCGAGAAGCAGAUUGAGGUGAUCAAGGAGGCGGGCAAGAAGAACCAGGCUACCGUUGUCAAGAACCUCCUGGAUGCCGUGUUCGAGGUGAAGCCCGUGGCUGCGUGAGCUGAGGUUCCGAUGAAUGGCAGUUAAUGGUGAUGGGGGCGUAUACUGAGAUGGCUGGGCGCGAUUGACAUUCGAUACAAGCGAUUGGAGGGGAAUUGCUGGAACAUAAGAUACUUGUCGAGACUAUUUGUUCGACCAGGUUUGCACAUUAAUUUAUACUUGAAACCC